CACUCUUUCAUUUUUACGAAAACCCUAGCCACCUUCUUUCCUACGCCAAAAUGCCGCCAAAAUUUGAUCCAAGCCAAGUCGUCGACGUCUUCGUCCGCGUCACCGGCGGUGAAGUCGGAGCAGCUAGUUCACUCGCUCCGAAGAUCGGUCCGCUCGGUCUCUCUCCCAAGAAGAUCGGAGAAGAUAUCGCCAAAGAGACUGCCAAGGAAUGGAAGGGUCUCCGCGUAACCGUCAAGCUCACUGUCCAGAAUCGCCAGGCGAAGGUCACGGUGGUACCGUCGGCGGCAGCGCUGGUAAUCAAGGCAUUGAAGGAACCGGAGAGGGAUAGGAAGAAGACCAAGAACAUCAAGCAUAACGGGAACAUCGCACUCGAUGAUGUCAUAGAGAUCGCUAAAGUAAUGAGGCCGAGGUCCAUGGCUAAGGAUUUGAGAGGGACGGUGAAGGAGAUUCUGGGCACCUGUGUUUCCGUUGGGUGUACCGUCGAUGGUAAAGACCCUAAAGAUUUGCAGCAGGAGAUUGAUGAUGGUGAUGUUGAUGUUCCUCUCGAGUGAGUAAACUUUCUUUAUUACUUUUAAGAUCAUAUCUUGUUUAAUUUUGUUUAUCUGUAUGGUUUUGGAGAAUUUACGGAUAUUUUCUAUCAGAGAUUGUUUUUGAGGUUAAUUUUAGAUGAUUUUAACAUUUGUGGGUCAUCUUUAUGGCUAUAUAUGUGAUGUUUAAUUCUAUCCUCUGUUUGUCCUUUAUAUUGUAUUUUUUUCGUAAUGCAAGUCUUGGUGUUUUGCUUAA